AUGGAUGGCAACGCUUCGCUUGCUAAUCAACCUGGAAAUUCGCUUCUAUAUAAUUACUCUGGUCUCAGGGUGGAACCCUACUGGCUCGCAAUUUUACAGCUAUUCGUGAUUCAAUGUCUUGAACGUCUCUACAAUCGAUUCGCACCCUGCAGAAAGCCAAAUGACUGGAACACAGAUAUUGAGCGGUAUUUUAAUAAAAAACCGGAUGAAGAUGAACAUAAAUAUGAUGAUGAAAAUGAAAAGGAAUUUGAAGAAUCGUUCUUGUUUAUUAUUGUUAAAGUGUAUGUUAUCGAAUCUGUUAAUAAAGAAGUGAAAGUACACCUUGACAGCAAUGAACACAAACUAGUGUAUGCCCUAUCUCAUCAUCACCCAGGAUUUCCUAAAAGAAAAUUACAUCCACACUUCAGUCGAAUAAAUUUUCCACCGCAAGCUAAUAAUAACGUUGCUCUAUUUCGACAAACAGAAUCAAAAAUACUUAAUUUAGGACAAAAAUGUGUUCCUUCGGCACCAGAACAAGUACUAGAACGAUUUUCAAAAGAAAUUGGACAGAUGAAAGAAAACGUUUCAGCAGCAUGGAGAAGAGUAACGAAAAAAUAG